AUGGCACCAGUCCAAGCACCGCCCACUAGAGAUCUUCUAGACACACUCGACCACAAACGCCUGCCAGAGCUUCAAUACUUGAGCGGCUUCUGUCCCUUCAGCCUCAACUCCAAGCCCUGCCCCCACGGCACAAAGUGUACACUCAAGCGUCUCUGCUCCCGCGAGUAUUGCGACGGCUACCACGAUGUCGCUCCCAUCUGCGAACAGUUCUUGACCGACAAGGGUUGCAAGUACCGCAAGGAGGGUGAUCAUCUUUGGCUUCCAAGGAGCCAUGAUAUCGAGUUGAGACGUUGCAUGGAUGUCAUGCUCAAGCCUCAUCGUCUUGGACUUUAUGGUGUGCAGUACUUUUGA